AUGGAAACUUAAGUAAUAUAGAUUUAAUUAUCUUGGAUUGAUUAUAUUUUGAGAAAAUUAAACAGAUGUUAGUAUAAACAAAAUAAAUGUUCAGAUCUAAUGAAGUUAAGAUUGCAAAAUAUAAAUAUUAAGAAUUUUUAAGAAUUAUUAGCAAUCUAUUUAAAUUAAAUAAAAAGUGAUUAUAUAUAGUUACGAAACAAAUUUUCAUUUUAUAAAAAUAAAAUUGCAAACCAUUUGGAAAAUAAAGAAUAUUUCAAAGUUAAUAUAUUUGAAUACUAUGAAGAAGAGGCCAAUACUAUCUUCGAAGAUAAGUAAGGGUAGUUAUUUACUAAUAAAUAAAAAUUGUCGAUCAUUCAUGUGGAUUAAUCUUUUAAAUAUUUCAAAUUUAUAUUGUAAAUUAUAUUUGGCCUUAAGUUGGGUUUAAAGAUUCAUUUAGAAGAGAUAGAUAGAUUGAAGAAUCAAUUUAUUAAAAGCUCAAAAAUUUAGGAUGAAAUUAUUGAGUUUCUGAAAUUCUUUGUAAAUUUUAGAGAUAUUUAAUACUAAUAUUAAAGAAUAUUUGAUUAAUGUCCUAUUUUUAGAUAUAAAUUUAUGAAAACAUAUUGA